AUGAUUAGCCGAACCAGCACGGCGCAGGUGCAGUCAAGCCCAUCCACGGCAUCGGAGAGGUUCGACUAUGAGACGUUGGAGUCCGGUAGCUACCAACAUGAACACACCUUCAAGGAGCGCCCAAUCGCCAACAUCAAGUGGCGGCAGUCACCCUCUUUCCCUUGUCCCUCCGCGCUGGCAGGACUGGAUGACCCUCGAGAUGGGUUUCAGGACAUGUUGGAGAUGGUGUUCCAGGGUACCGCGGUGAUCCUCCCGCUUGAAGACAACCAUGUGAAGCGCAGCAACACCAGAAUCUCAACCUUCCACUUGGACGAGGUCCCUGGGAAGAGCGUGAACGAGGCGAAGCAUUUGCUUGUGAACGUGUGGUUCCCUUGCCCAGACUGCGCCAUCGGCCGGAAGCGCCUCGCAAUUGGCAGAGGGAGAGCCUUCCGUGCCAUCGAGGCCGCCGAGAAGUUGAAAGUCUAUGGCCCUGGUCCUCGAAUCCCGCGAUCGCAGCCCACGGUGAACUACUGUCUUUCGCCGGAAGGUGCUGAGAAGCUUGCUGCAGCGGGAGACCUGGCAUUCACGCCGGGAGACUCAUUGGUGGUCUUUUUAUCCGGCACGACCUCCAGCCUUCCGGUGCCGAUCUGCCCGCACGCUGGAGCACUACCCGGUUCAAGCCAGGAGUUCAGGUACUACGUCUACGCAAGAAACAAUGCGAGCUGA